AUGCAAUCUGAAUUAGAUUUAUUAGAAGAGAAGGCUAAGGAAGUCACACUAACUGAGCUUAAGGCUAAGAAUGCAGAACUUAUGGUCGAAAAAGCUAAUCUUGAGGCUAAAAAUGCAGAAUAUAUAAAGCUUAAGGAUGAGACUGCAAAGCUUAAGACCGAGAAUACCAAACUUUUAACACAAAUUAUAGAGAAGUAUGCUAAAAAUAAGGCUGAUAGAAAGAAAUCGGAAUAUAGCCACCUCGUAACUGUCUUUGACAAGAAAAAUCGCAAAUUCCAAGCUAAAUGUGUCAAAAUAGCUGUGGACAUUCUUAACGAAAAACCAAUAAUUGAAUAUCGUCCUCCUUUCUUGAACGGAUUGGAACUUGACGCCUUCUUUCAAAAAUAUCAAAUCGCAUUGGAGGUGCAAGGAAGUCAACAUCGGCUUCAUAGCACUAGCUGGUAUAAGGAUAUCAAAAGAUUUGAGGAUAUUGUUGAUCGUGAUCGGAAGAAAAGAUGCCUUUGUCAGCUUAAUGGAAUUUUCCUACUUGAAGUGUGGUACGAUGAAAAUCCGGAAAAGGUCAUUCCGGAAAGAAUACAAAAAAUUAAAGAUUUCGUUAAUCAAGCGUUUAAAGUUUUCGACCUAUAA